GGGCCUGGCCCCACCAUGCUCAAGCGCUGCGGCCGGCGUCUGCUGCUGGCACUGGCGGGCGCGCUGCUCGCCUGCCUCCUGGUGCUCACGGCCGACCCGCCGCCCCCGCCGCCGCCUGCCGAGCGCGGCCGCCGCGCGCUGCGCAGCCUGGCGGGCCCCGCGGGUGCGACCGCAGUGACCGGGUUGGGAGAGGCCCCGGCCCGCGAGGUGCGCAGCCUGUCAGAAUACUUUAGCCGGCUGGCCCGCGCGCGCAGAGACGCGGGCCAGCCGCCGGGGGGCGCCCCCCGCCCCUCCGACGGCUCCCCGCGGCCACCGGCCGAGCCGCUCGAGCCCCGCGACGUCUUCAUCGCCGUGAAGACCACCAAAAAGUUCCACCGCGCGCGCCUCGACCUGCUGCUUGAGACCUGGAUCUCGCGCCACAAGGAGAUGACCUUCAUCUUCACUGACGAGGAGGAUGAGGUGCUGGCCAGACACACAGGCAAUGUGAUCAACACCAACUGCUCGGCUGCCCACAGCCGCCAGGCGCUGUCCUGCAAGAUGGCCGUGGAGUAUGACCACUUCAUUGAGUCAGGGAGGAAGUGGUUCUGCCACGUGGACGAUGACAACUAUGUGAACGUGCGGGCCCUGCUGCGGCUGCUGGCCAGCUACCCCCACAAACAGGAUGUCUACCUGGGCAAGCCCAGCCUGGACCGGCCCAUUCAGGCCACGGAGCGGGUCGGCGAGGGCGAGGUGCGUCCUGUCCACUUCUGGUUUGCCACUGGGGGGGCCGGCUUCUGCAUCAGUCGAGGGCUGGCCCUGAAGAUGAGCCCUUGGGCCAGUGGGGGCCACUUCCUGAGCACAGCCGAGCGCAUCCGACUGCCGGAUGACUGCACCAUUGGCUACAUCGUGGAGGCUCUACUGGGCGUGCCCCUCACCCGAAGUGGCCUCUUCCACUCCCACCUGGAGAACCUGCAGCAGGUGCCUGCAUCUGAGCUCCACGAGCAGGUGACGCUGAGCUACGGCAUGUUUGAAAACAAGCGGAAUGCCAUCCACCUGAAGGGGGCCUUCUCGGUGGAGGCGGAUCCGUCCAGGUUCCGCUCUAUUCACUGCCACCUGUAUCCGGACACACCCUGGUGUCCCCACACCUCUGUCUUCUAGCAGCCACUGCUGAGACCCUGUCCCCGGGCACCCCUGGUAUCCAAAGGGCUCGGGGACUCCUGUUGCACUGCCCUGGCCUCGGCAUUCGAGGCUCCUGUGGGCUGUGCUUGCACAUGUGUGUGUGUUGUGUGCCCGUCUGCGUAGCAGUCUGCUGGGCAGUUCUGCUCUGUGGACGAACCAGCAGGCACGCCCAUGUGUCUGCCUUCCGCCUUCUGCAUAUCUGCUGGCUCCAGGCCCCCUACCAGAAGGAGGUUCUGUGUGUCAGAAAUUACUUGGAGGGCAGUUUGACAGUUGUUUAUUUUCUCAUCGUUCUGCAGUGUGGGAUCAGAGGCCAUCCUGCAGGUGCCUCUCUCUUCUGGCUGGACGCUGGGCCAUGGGCUGGAGGUGCCUGUGCCCGGGGAUCCUGGCUCCCACCGGGAGCCCCCAUGACAGCCCAGCCAUGCUCAGUCCGAGGAAGCUGGUUUUGGGAUGAGUGGCCCAGCCCUCCUUCCACCCAGCUCUGGCCUGGGCACUGUGGCUUAGAAAGGCAGCCGUGCCCAAGUUCCAGGCCUGAGAGGCCCCCAGCGGCCACCUGGCUGGGGGGUCUCCUUUGUCUCCCCCGGGGAGCAGUUUAUCUCCUCUCCCAAGUAGAGAGAAUGUCGCCCACAGUGGGUGUGUCUGUAAAUAUUGUGACAGUAUUUUUUUACUGUGUUGUGUUUUUGCAAAGCGGUGGGUAAAAAGUAGGGUAAUUUCGUUUUGGGGGUGGAAUGGGGGAGGGUAUGUGUUAUUUUCUAUUUUCUGUGGAUCGGAAAAAGCAGAAGCCAAAUCUUGGAUCGUGCUCUUCGUUUCUAAAGCCGAAAUGGAUGUGUCUCACCCUCCGUGUAUUUAUAUGUUCCAGUAUCUGGAAUGUUCCUGUCCCUCCCUGCCCACCCCCCGACACUGUUCUGUCCGCCCCCCUCCAGCUCACCUGGCCUGUGGGGAGGGGGCUUUGUCUUCUCUUUUUUCUUUUUACAAAGACAUAGCUAGGAACUCCAAUGAGAAGGGAAAGGUUCUCAGGGAAUUGAAGUAUUGUUGCUACGGUGACGUCUUUUGGUUUGAAUAAAAGUGCUCUUUGCGGCAACCUGAGGGUCCUGGUCUUGGCUGGAGGUGGGGCCUGAGCCGCAGGUCCUGUGAGCUCCAGGGGGGCUUGGGGCCGAGGGCCCACAGGAUGAGGGGGAAACACGCCUUGUCUGCACCCACACUGGGGAGGGUGGGAAGAAAUCUUCCAAGCUAGCUAUUUUGAAAGAAAACUUGAGACCAAAAUUAGAAAAAAAAUACGUCAUCACCUCGACCCCAAUUCGCGGCAACCCCAUGUGUGUCACAGUAGAACAGUGCCCCACAGGGUUUUCAAUGACUUUUCUUCUGCGGCACCUCUGGGUGGACGUUAACUGCCAGCCUUUUGGUUAGAGCCGAGUAUGUUGACCAUUUGUACCACCCAGGGGCUCCUGGGAUCAAAACAGUCCCUUGCUAUUUUGCCUGAGAGGGAAUAGCCAGCCCUGGGCAUCCCCUGGGCAGUGGCCUUGGGGAUUGGUGGUGGGUGGGCACUUCGUUUCUUUUAGGGCCAUUUGGGGGCUGCUGGGAUCUGCAGGUCUCUGCUGGGCCACACUGUGCCAUCUUGACCCAGGGACGGCUGCUGGCGGGUCCAGUGAAUGCCCCCCUGCUUCAAGGAACGUGACCCCCAUCUUCCUGGCCUAGUGCCUCAGUGUCUGGUUUAAUCCUCAUCGUGAGCCCAUGCAGACGGGGAAACUGAGGCUCGCAGUGGUGAUGCCUGAGGCUAGGGCCGGUCUGGCAGAGCAGUGAGGGGGUCCCAGUCUACCGCUUGCUGCCGACAUAAGGCCUGACCUCAGGGCUCCAUCCCUUCCUCUGUAAAGGACGUGAUGGUCCUGACCUCCCUGUGAGGAUGGGAGAACAGGCAGAGCCCCAGGUGGCUGCUGCCCUAGCUAGGCCUGUGCCUACCCAGCAACCAGCCUGCCCCCACCUCGGAGCCCCGGUGACAGGUCCCCAGAGGCUGGGCAGCGUUCAAGCAGCUCUUGUGUUCUAAAGAAUCAGCUCUCUGGUGCCUUUUCUUCCACAAAUAAAGCCUUGAAGGGCUGGCAGGAAUGGGGGCAGGGCCGCUGCGGCCUCCAGCUGGGGAGUCCCCUCCUGCACCCCCUUCCUGGCAGCAUGGGGCGGCCCUCACUUCCUCUUGAGCUAUUUGCUCAGUCAGAAAGCUCUUCCUCAAACUGAGCGCCAGACAUCCCUGGGGCCCCCAGCACUGAACUGCUUCUGCCUUGGCUCUAUUUUUUCUUCCGGUGAAGAUAUAUGCGGCAAAACCACCACUUCAGCCAUUUCUACGUGUUCUACAAGUCAGUGGCACUGGUUACAUUCUUCAGGUUGUGCCACCUUUCUUCAUAUACUUUUCCAAAUUAUGGUAAUUAACACAAACUCAGUGUCCCCUAAGCUUCUCAUCUAACCUUUCAAGUUGUGGUCAAUAUGAUCACGUAUAAUAAAUUCUUGAAAAGAAUACAAUGCUCCAGACAGACAUUUUUUUCUCAUUAAGCUAAACUACUGAAUGGUUUAGAGAUGACUUCAGGGGAUAGUUUUGGUUUAAGGUUUAAAGGUUAUCACAGGGCAAUAGUUUUGGGGGUUCAUCCAGCCUCAGUGGCUCCAGAAAGUCUGGAUUCCAUGAGAAUUUGAAGUUCUGUGCCACAUUUUCCCCUUUUGAUCAGGAUUCUCUUACAGAAUCUUUGAUCAAAAUGUCCAGUAACGGUAGCCCUGCCCUGGACUCUUGCUGCCUGCAACCCUCAGCUCCCAGUCACGGGAUCCCCCAUUUUAGGGGAGUAAGUCUUUUGCCUUAUGCCCCCGCCCCCCCACAUGCUGCAUCAAGCUUGCUGUUGUCAGCACAUCAGAAAGCAGACUCCUCCACUAAUCAGUGUGAUGUCUGUGUGUCCCAUCCUUUGGCCUGCUGGAGACAAUGCCAGGCCUGCCCCAUCAGACACAGAUGACACACACCACUCCCUCAAAUAAGGGCCCCAGGUGGAAGGGCUAGGGGUGGCCAUUUCCUCAUUGCCCUGGCUGGGGGCUGCCCUGGCAGGGCCUGACUCCACUGUGGCCUCGCACAGGGCUGAGACAGCAGAGCAUGGCUUUCUGAAGGCUCAAGCAGCUGCCCAAGGGGUGGGCAUUGACCAGGGGGCAGUGGCGGGGGGGGGGUCCUCUCCUCCCUUCCCACCCAGCCCCUUCACAGCACAGUUGGUACAACUAGGUGCCCUUCACAGGUGGAACCAAACUCCUAGGUCAGGCUUCAUGUCUGAAGCACGCGGGGGGCUGGGACUUCCAGGGCCUGGCCUGUUUGAGGGCACCACAAAGCUCAGAGGCCUCCCUGGGCUCAGCUGUCUGCCAGUCCUGGUGGGGGCAGCUACCAUUCUGUCACCAAGAUGUCAGGCCCAUCUGAUGAUGAGAAGCUGAAACUGGGUAGGGGAAGUUGCAGGGGAGCAGCCCCCGAGUGCAGGCAGGGGCAGAGGGACUUCCUGCCCGCGCUGAGUCAGAGGGCAUGGGGACCUGGGGGUGGUGGGUAAGGCCACUUCCUGUGUGUGGCUGUGCAGACCGGCGAGGCUUGGCCAGGCUGUCCCCUGAAAAGGCCAGAAGAGCAGAGGGGAGGCAGGCAGGGGCUUGGAGAGGCCUUGCCCUUGGAAGCCUCAACCUUUCCACCUGAGCAACGGGGAUAAAGUGUGUGCUCUGAGCCAGGGUUUCCCCGGGAAGUGCAGACCAGAGCUUGGCCCUUACCUCUUCCAAACUGGAAGCUGAGGUUUCUUGGUCCCCAGAAGGGGAAGAAGGGCCUGAUGGGAGCCCAUAGCCUGACUGCUCCCUACCUCUGCCCAAAGGAGUGAGGAAGGGGUCCUCUGCAUGGAAAGGAAGCCUCGUGUCUCCCCAAGGUACAUUCUGGGACAGCUGUGUCCAGCCAGCUGGGCAUAGCCUGUUGGCCAGGACCUCGGCUGGCCCAGCCAAACACCCCCACCCCAACUGCCGGUAGUCUGUGGGGCUCUCAAAGAUAAAAUUCCAACUACUGAGGCUGCCGGGUGCUCAGAGAGGGUGGCAGUGCCUCCCCCCGGCCCCAGCCCUGACCCCUGGAAGCAGGCCAGAGUAGAGGCCCGAGCCAGAUCAAACAAAAAAAACCAAAGCCAUUGCCGUUGAGUCAAUUCUGACUCAUAGUGACCCUACAGCGACCCUAUAGGACAGAGUAGAACUGCCCCACAGGCUUUCCAAGGAGCACGUGGUGGUUUUGAACUUCUGACCUUUCAGUUAGCAGCCAUAGCACUUAACCACUAUGCCACCAGGGUUUCCUGAGCCAGAUCAGGCUCAGGAAAUGGCCCUCCACCUGGGGGCAAUCACAGCAGACUUCCUGGAAGAGGAGCCCCCCUCCCACUGGAGCAGGAAGCUUUGUAAAGAUGCAGUAGGGGGAGGAGGGCAUUCUGGCCUCAACACAGACUAGACAGAGGUGUACAUGGGGCCCAUCAGGAUGCCUGGAAGGCUGGAAUGCAGUUGUCUACAACCCUCCCAGCUCCUACCCAACCACCAGCACAGACUGGGGCUUUUCCACGAGGCUCCUCGGUGCCAAAAGCCAGUCCUGCCCCUCUGGGCCUGGGAAUGGAGGGGAGGUAGGGUGUUAGGUCACCCCAGGUCCACCUGCCAACCCUGGCCCCAGCCUUGUCAGAUGUUCCUGGCAGCGCCCACUCCCCAACCCCACUUUCUGAGCCAGGUUGGACACAGAAGCAUUUGACACAUCCUUUUUUUUUUAGGGGCACACGCGGACCUGGGGUUGCUCUGUCUUGACCCAUGGAGCCUGCCCAGAUGGUGUUACCACACCCAGUUUGGGGGCUGCCCCCACAGCCCCUGCCCAGUAGCCAGACAUAAGCCCCUUUGCGGUCGACCUGCAACAGUCCUUGGGUGCCACCUGGUGGCGACAUCCCGUGGUGUCUCUCCCAACUCCCAAUCCCACUUUCCUAAGACCCUACCCGGGAUCUAGGGGUGCAGCCCUUAAAAGUUCACACCAUAAAUUUAAAACUGUUACUCAUAUUGGAUUCAUGCCAUCACCAACACCAGUUGCACUCAAGUUGACCCAACUUCUGGUGACCUCACGUGUGUCAGAGUGGAACUGUGCUCCACGGGGUUUUCAAUGGUUGAUUUUUGGAAGUAUAUUGCCAGGCCUUUCUUCUGAGGCACCUCUAAAUGGACUUUAACUCCUGGGCUUUGGAUUAGCAGGCAAGCAUGUCAAUGGUUUGCUCCACUCAGAGAUUCCUGGGUUCAUACAUUAUGUGUAAUGUCAAGAGUCAAGGCCAAGGUAGGUAGCUUCCGCCACCACCCUCUACUUCCCUCCCCCAUGGGCCUAUCCCACAGCAUCCCCCUACAGUCCAUUGCCCACCUCGUCUCUGAGUAGCUGCCCUCCUCCCUGCUCUACGCAGCAGUGUCCUUAUUGGUCCCCAGGCCAGCAGCAGCCAGCCACCUGGGAACUUGUUGGGAGUGCAGACUCCCGGCUCCCCAGACCUGCCACAUUGGAAGCUGGGGUGGGGCCUGGCAUUCAAGCUCACGGCCCUCCUGGGGGUCCUGAAGUGGUUCCAGCAGAAACCAACUACCUCCAGGAGCACGGAGCCCCUGCUGACGCAUCUCACACACCCCUUGCCCUGAAAUGUUCCCACUGCCCCUUCCAGAAGGAGCCCUGGUGGGAAAGCGGUUAAGCACUUGGCUGCUGAGAGGUCAUUGGUUGGAACCCACCAGCUACUCUUUGGGAGAAAGAUGUGACAGUCUCCUGUAAAGAUUACAGCCUUGGGAACCCUAUGGGGCAAUUCUACUCUGUCCUGUAGGUUCUGUAUGAGUCAGAAUGAACUUGACAGUAUGGGUUUGGUUGCUUUUGGCCCCCUCCAGGCCAUUCUCUUCCCUCCUUCCCUCCUAACCCCCUUGCAGCUUUGAAUUACCCACCGCCCCAAGGGUUGCGGUACCCACAGCCCUUCCAUUGGUGGAGACAUUGGUCCCUGGCUCCCCCCUCUCCUGCACAGCCCUGCAUUCAUUCCUGGAGACUUCAGUGUCCCUGGAUGAGCCCCCCACCCUGUCCUUGUCUCCGCCAGAGGUCCCCACCCCACGGUCAUACUCAACCUCUCAUGUGCCAACACCGCCCUCCCAACUCAGCUUUAUCCAUGCCCUCCUGUCUCCUCCCCAGCUGUCCAGCUAAUCCAAAACCCAGUAACCUGACCCAAGUCCCACCCCCAGGGACCUCUUAUCCAGAUGCCUCCUCCCCCCACAAUGGUUGAAUCCAGGGUCCCUCUCCUGCACAUUCCUUCACUGCCCUUGCCCUCUCUUGCUCCAACAUACUCUCUUGGCUCACCUGUAACCUGCUCAUGCCCAGCCCCGCCCACUCUGCACCCCCACCUGGGAGGUGGAUGCUGCGCAACUUGCCAGGAGGCCAGUGCCAAAGGGAGCUACCCCACAAGGGCACCUUGAACCCUGCUUUGGUGGAGGGGGUCUCUGUGGGGGCUGAGACAUCCAUCACAGGGACCCACCACUGCGCAGACCUGUCCCUGCUCACCUCCAGCCACUGCCCUGGCCAGGUGCCUCAUCCCAGGCCUGGGGGCCAAAGGUGCCUGUUCACAGGGUCCCAGGGCACUCAGGGCCUCAACCUACCUUCCAGGCUGCAAAAUGGUGCUUGUGAAGUAUCAGACAACCACCACUCACUGCUGAAAGGCCCCCAGUGGCUGGUCUUUCCUGCCUGCCCAGCCCCUCCCAGGACACCCCCACCAUACCUGCCACCCCAGGGCGUGCUGACAGGCCAGGUGCUGACAGGCCACAGAGCACGAGUGGCCAUUAGGCACAUGGCCAUCUCGUCCAGACCCCAGAAUGGCAGACUCCCCACAAACCUCCAACAGCCUCUCCACCUCCCUUCUCGGGCAGAGGCCACAACGACUUGGGAAAAGAGGCCUGUUUUUCAAAAUUUGUUUAUUUUAAAACAUUAAACCCAAGCUGAAUAGAAACCACAGAAAUUACAUCGAUGAGUUUUAGUAUUUGCCAAGAAAAAUAAAGCCCCCAAAGAAAUAAAAAUCAAACCCCAAACCCAGUUAAAAAAAAAACAACCCAG